AACUUUAAAUUUACCAAAAUCCAAGUGCCGGAAUUAGACGAUUUACCGAUUCCCCAAAAUGCCGAGCCGAAUAGGUAUUCACUACCGGCGAAUAUAAAGGAUUAUUUCUCUUUAGGUCCAAAUGGUAGACCUCUAAAAACAUCAAUCAAAAUAUCUGAUCUCAAACCAUCGACCGAUGAAGAUUGGGAAACAAAGGAUUACGUAGAAUUGCCUACUAUCGAAAAACGAUUUGGCGCGUUGGUCCAGGAGAUAAACGAUCUCAAUUUUUUCUGAUUUUUUAUUUUAAGAUGUUAAAUAUAAAAAACUAAUACAUUUUUAUAUUCCUUUUAUGUAUUUUUCUUUACUCACGCAAUCCAAAAUACUUUCCAGUUUUAUGUGUUGCAUAACCUUCAUUAAUGUUUUGAAGGAUACGAUUGAACUACCGUAAGUGAAGUUACCUAAAUUUUACAAUGACAAAUGACAAGAUGUGUAAGUGAAAAAAAGUGAAAACGUUUUGUUAAAGAUCAAGAUUAUUAUUUAAAUAUUUAUAUAUUGAAACGAAUUCUAUUUUACCUAAAGAAGCUUUUUAUAAAAGGUUGAUAUAGAAAUUAAUGGAGAAGCUCUAGAUAUUCACAUGAAGCUGGGAGAGAGUGGGGAAGCAUUUUUCGUAGAAGAAUUAGAGGACGAUGAUGAAAACGACAUUCCGGAACAUUUGGCCACGUCUCCCAUUCCAGUAUCCGAAAUUGAAAAUAUAUUCAAGACACAGGGUCGCAGAAGGAGUUUUCAUUUGGACGAUAUUGAUCUCAACAACCAGCCAAAUUCGUACGAGAAAAGACGUCACACUGCCGACAAUCAGAUGGCGAACAGAGCACACCUGGAACGGGAUUUCCUCAAACGGCAGAUUGGACUGGGUAACAUAGAUGGAGUCUCAGCCGAAGACGUAACGUUAUCCUUAACAACAGCCUCGAGACGAAGCGACGAGGAAGACCUAAGUCGCAGCCAAAAUGACGUUUCGGAAACCAUUUUCAAAAUGGACAGUCUCGACGAACCAGUCAGUAAAAUCGAGAAUGAAAAGCAGCAAGACGCUGUUGCAGCCGAUAAAGUUCCUAUAAAAACACCGGAAGAUCCACCGAGUGACAGCAAAAAUAGCAAAAAGAAGCGGAAAAAAAUGCGCAAGAAAAAUUCAACGCGGAAGUCUCUCAGUAACAAUUUUUUAACCAGCCCAACAUCUGAAACGGCCGAGAAAACUAAUGGAUCUACCACUGAUAGAAGCUCAUUGGACAGUAAUUGUUCUGAGCCAGAACUCAAAGAUUUAUCAAUCAAGGUGGAAAAGAUUGAAAAAGAUCCAGUACCAACACAAAGCGAUGCUACCAAUAUAAAAAUGGUAGAGGCAGAUUUUCAUUUCUUUAGCGACACUGAGCUAACUUCCGGCAUCGCCGAAUCUCGUUCUAGCUCGCCAACCAACAUCGAAUCUGUACAGUCGGAUUCAGAAAUUGAGAUGAAAUUGCGUAUAAAAGAGCAAUCGAACGAACCUGCCAAAAGUUGGGAAUGGGGCGGAUUCCCCAACGUAACUCCUACCACCUCUCCUACCAGCGAGGUACCAACCAAAGAAGAACAAAAAUCCAUGCUGAGCAACAUGUUUUCGUUUAUGAAAUCAAAGCACAACGCUCAAUCGCGUUACGAGGAAGGCGGAGUGUAUUUGUCUGAGAUUACUUCUGGCGGGAUCGACCAGGAAGUGGCUGAGAUCUAUUUCAGUCAGACCAAGGCGAAAAAUGUGGAAGAUAUCGACAUGGAUUGUGAAUCAGGCAAUGGACCGUCGUUGACCCAAAGUCCAAACAGUGCAGAAGGCUGCAAGAGCAUCGACUCUGAUUUCGAUGAACAAACUAAAAUGGUACAAACUUAUUCUCAAGACGUAGCUCUCUCACUUUGCGGCUGGGACCCACUACUGACCCAGGACCGUUUCAACGAACACUUGAUCUCAUUUACCGACUUCUGCAACAACCCAUCUCUGUUAGACAGUCCGAAAUUAGUAGCCAAAAUUAACAAUAAAUAUUACAGUUGGAAAGUGGCAGCGCCGAUGCUUAUCACUAUUAUUUGUUUCGGCAGACCGUUAGUUCAGUCCUGCGUGGACGAUUUGUGCAACACUUUUAUGCCCCUUCAGGACACGAAAGAUAAACCUAUUGAAUCGCAAACGCACAAAUCCUCUUGGUGGCAUUGGAGAAGUAGGUCUUCCAGAGAAGCCACACCGGCUAAAGACGAUCCUAAAUUAAAGCUUCUAACUCCUGAAAAAACUGUCGAGGCUGUAUUGGAACCUAAAACUGAAUCGCCUGUUACAGAAAACACCAAAGAACUAGAAAUAGAAGAGAAGAAAGAGGAACAAGAACGACCUGAAUUAAUUAAAGUUUCACCAGAUAAAUGUAGAAAAACUUUAAGACUGAGUUCUAAACAAAUUUCCUCGUUGAACCUAAGAGAGGGAAUGAAUGAAGUUGAAUUUAGUGUAACGACUGCUUAUCAAGGAACAACCAGAUGCCAGUGUCAUUUGUAUAAAUGGAAAUGGGACGACAAAAUCGUUAUUUCAGAUAUAGAUGGCACUAUCACAAAGUCAGAUGUUUUGGGUCACAUUUUGCCAAUAGUCGGCAAAGACUGGGCUCAGUCGGGGGUAGCUCACCUCUUUAACAAAAUCAAAGACAACGGAUAUAAACUUCUCUAUUUGAGUGCCAGGGCAAUUGGCCAAGCCAGGAUUACGAGAGAAUACCUAAAGUCCAUUAAACAGGGUGAUAUGAGUAUGCCAGACGGGCCCAUUCUAUUAAAUCCUACAUCAUUAAUAACCGCAUUCCACAGGGAAGUGAUUGAAAAGAAACCCGAGGCAUUUAAAAUAUCGUGUAUGUCGGAUAUUAAGGCUCUCUUCCCAUCAGAUUCUGAACCCUUUUACGCGGGAUACGGAAACAGGAUUAAUGACGUCUGGGCAUAUAGGGCAGUGGGUAUCCCAAUACAUAGAAUCUUCACUAUCAAUCCUAAAGGGGAACUGAAGCACGAACUUACUCAGACUUUCCAAUCAAGUUACACCAACAUGAGCGUCAUAGUAGACCAGAUGUUCCCUUCCCGCUUAGAACCAGCCAAUGACUAUUCCCAGUUUAGUUAUUGGCGGGAACCGAUAACCGUAAUGGAAACCUUGCCAGAAGUAGCUUAGAAAUAUUCCGUAACAUAUACUAUUUGCCGUUAUUCUAUCCACUAGCUUUACUCAUCUUUAGGUACAUAUAUGUAAAAGGGAAGUUAUAUCGAUUUGCUAGUUAGUUUCCAAAUUGAAUGGUGAAUUAUGAAAUGAACGAAUUUUAGGAUGAUUUUUCUGAAUAAGAAGACUGAAUAGGUAAUGAUAAAAGAACAAUCGGGAAAACAUGUUAUUUUUGGUAUGAUAAAUAUAUUGUAACGUCUCUUUUAUAUACACCCUCAGUAUUUAUUCUAUAAUGCUCACUUCAUAUUAGCUUUUAAUGUGGUCUGACAUUUAUAUACCUGAUAAAAGUAGUCGUUAAGGAUAUAUGUUUAGAUGUGAUUUUCGAUGAAAAUCUUUCAGAAUGUGUUUAAACGAAUUCUAAAAGAAUUUUUAUUGACAAAGAAUACAUUUUCAUCUUUAGUUUAUCUAAAAAAAUAUUUAGCUGGGAAGCAGCUCAAAAAACUUAUAUAGAAAGUUGUGUUUAGGCAAUUAACAGCAUACAUAUAAAGACUGUUCAGUCAUCGUUCAAGGUUACGUCAUCAUUAUUUGUCAAAUAUGAGUUUUACGGUGUGUCCGAGAUUAGUUCAUAUUGAAAAUUUUAAGUACGUUCCUAUAAUAUUGAUUGAGCGAUUUUUUUCGGCAUUUAUUAUUUUUUUUGAACUCUUCAUCACUUACGAUCCCUUUAGUUCCAAUCCUUUGGACUGUUGAAAUUCUUAUUGCUACAGCAUCAGCAACUCGCUAUAUUAUUUAAAAAUGCUAUCAAUUUAUAUUUUACAUAGGGAAUAUUACAUUUUUGCAUUGUACUUACUUCAUAUACGGCGUCCACGGGCAAGAGUGUUCUACCAGCGUCUCUUUCUCGAGAAAUAUAAUUUAUAAGCUUAGCAAUGAGCUCUUGUUCAUUUUGAUUAAAUCUUUGGGGCAUUUUGGCAAUAAAAAAAAUUGAAUUUUGUUUGACAGCAACAAUUUGUAAUUGAUCGAUGUCAAAUCAAAGGACAAUUACUAAAAUGCCGUAAUGACGUCACCAAUCUCUUUCAUCUGGUUGUCAAGUGAUUGAGAGACAAUUUCGACAAUAUAUGACGUGACGUUGAACAAUGGCUGAACAUUGUAUACAACUCUUUCUAUUAAAACUUUUGUGAUUGCAUAUGCGUAAAUUUUAGUUAGGAACAAAUUGCUAAAUUCGCGAUAUUUAGGUCUUAGCACUUUUGUACACUCUUAGUCUCUCUUUAUACUUUUUGCGUCAAUACCUAUAUUUACAGUAAAAUUAUUUUUAAUGUGAUAUGCAUAAUAUGCAUCCUAGAUCAUAUAAUAUGAUCUAAGGUAUGUUUAACCAUUGUUCUAGUUUUUAGUAUGUCCAUAUUAAGCCAUCACUCUAUUUGUGUGCUCUAUUUGUUGACAAAUUUAUGUUUAAUUUACUGUAAAAUAUUUUUUCUGGGUUUGUUUUUCAAAGUUUAUAACUAAAUUUGGAUAUAUUUGGUAGCUCUACUUCAUUUACCUGUACCAAAUAUAUCAUUUGACUGCUGAUACUAAAAUGGAAUUAAAAAUAAUUUAGUAUGUCUUCUCUUGUCACUUUCCAAUCUCUUGAUUAUAGCAAAUUUGGCUGGGAUCUCUGCUAAUGAAAUAAGUAUAUUUACAGUGAUAUAUUUUAUGUUUCUAGAAGGAUUUUAAGUGUUUAACUCAACGAUAUCUUUUCUGAUAAUUCAGUAAGCAUAUUUUUGCCCUUUAAUAACAAGACAGUUAAAUAAUGACAACUACAGUCUGUAUUAGAAUGUUUCUCAAAAAUGGGAAUAACUGUUGAACUCUUGAUAAACAUAUGCGGAAUCCAUUGAACAUGCCCAAUAAUACAGAAAAAAUGCUAAUAUGUCUUUUAUGUAUUCAAAAGUACAGUUAGGUGACAAAAUAUCGCCAUGAGUUUAGAAUUGGCACAUAAUAUGAAUCUAAAAAGAGAUAUACCUUAAAUAGGGCAAUUUUUAGCAUAAUACAGGGUGAGUUAAAUAAGUGCAAAUAUUUUUAGGGGUGGUUGUAACAAAUUGGAAUUUUUGAAUUUGUAACAAAGUUGCAUUUUUUCGUUAAAGAGCAUAUUGAAUGGAUCCUUCUUGUACUUUCUUUAGGUAAUUCAAUAAUAAAAUAUCCCAUUUAUUGUGAACAUUUUGGUACACACUGUAGGUAUAUUACAAUAUUAGAUUUAAUUAUUUUACAAAGUUCCUCUUUCAUUUAAGUCAAACCUGUAUUAAAAAAUGUUAAGUAAUACUAAUAUAACCAGCAAUUAUUAAUGAAAUAUUGGAUGUAGAAGUGUAGAAAUUGAAACUUAGCAGUUUUUAAUUUCUAUGGACACGAAAAGAAGUGUAGAAGAAGGGACAAAAUGAAACGCUGUACGUGAUAUACUUUUGGUGAUUUUAUUUUUUAGAUUACUUUGUUAUAUUUUUGUUAGCAAUUCAAAAUUUAGACAUUAAAUAUAGUUUU